AUGUUCCGUCGCCACCAGUAUUCAUCCAAAGAAGAGGAAGAUUUGACAUCCGACGAGCUGGCGACGCCGGCGUACAGAGGGGUGAGGAGGAGGCCGUGGGGGAAGUACGCGGCGGAGAUACGGGACUCGACGCGGAACGGGGUGAGGGUUUGGCUGGGGACGUUCGACAGCGCGGAGGCGGCGGCGCUGGCCUACGACCAAGCCGCAUUCGCCGUCCGGGGUUCCAUGGCGGUGCUCAACUUCCCCGUCGAGAGGGUGAGGGAGUCGCUGGAACUGGAAGGGAUGGAAGAAGCAGCCGAAGAGUGCUCGCCGGUGCUGGCCCUGAAGCGCCGCCACUCCGUCCGAAGGAAGUCAACGUCCAAAAAGACCAAGGAGCGGCGGCCAUUGCCGGCCGGCGUGGAAGCUAAUGACGUCCAUUCCAAAAGUCGUACGAAAUCAGCGGCGGCGGCGGGACAGAGCAAUGUGGUGGUGGUGCUGGAGGAUCUAGGAGCCGACUAUCUGGAGGAAUUGAUGGCGGCUUGCACCGACAGCCAUCGCUAA